AUGCAGUGCCUCCGUCUCGACUUUGACGAGAAGAAUCUCGGUCUCCCACUCUGCAUUGACGAGUUGAUGGAGCACUCCACGGCCAAUGUUGAACAACUAGUCAUCCAUGAUGAUGAACUCUCAUUAUCUAUCGAGGGGAUUGACACUAUACUGGUGCAAGCCCAGUUCUAUGCUAAUAUGGGCCGGCCACGCAAUGCUUGGACCACGCUGCGCAGGGGACUAUCGCACGCGCUUAUGCUUGACCUGCAUCGGAUCUCGGUACCCGCUACAGGUACAUGCCCUGCGCGUCUACUGCGUCGAGAGGGCACUUGGUGGCACUUAGUCGAGAACCAGUGUGACCCGGUCCAGUCGUCAUCCGACCCCGUCGAUCUCGAGGAGGAGCUACAGGCCCUAGCUGGCCUCAUGCCACCGCGAUGGUGGCAGCUCCCGUCCCAGCCAUUGUCUGGUCUCAAGGAGAGUAUUCUCGAGAUGCACGAGCGCAUGGCUACACAAUUCUGCCAUUACCAGGCCCAUAUCUACCUCCCCUUGCUCUUGAUGCUCCAGUCACCAGUGGAUGCACGCUACGAGAACAACCGCGCCAAGUGCCUAGUCGCGUCGCGCCAGAUGAUACAAAUUUAUGCGCAGCUACACGACUUUGCCGGCGGCAAGAUUAACAUAUGCCGCGUGAUCGACUUGCAGGCCUUUACAGCGACCAUAAUCGUCAUUCUCGGCCUCCUCGGCUACGGACCAAGGAGUCUGGAUAAGCGUCAGCAGUACUAA